AUGGCGGGGUUGGGAGCAAAGAAUAAAAGGACAGGGCUCCCGGGUUUAUGUUGGAAAACCUGCUACUUUCACGUUGUGUUUUGGGUCGUAUCAGUGUGUGGCGAGGAGAAGAGCUUUGUGGUGGAGACAUGGUUGAAGAACUAUGGCUACUUACUCCCACAUGACAUCCGGAGUUCAGUCUUGCGUUCGGAGAAAGCCAUGCAAUCAGCAGUUGCUGCUAUGCAGCGGUUCUAUGGCAUAUCUGUGACUGGAGUACUUGACCAAACAACCAUAGAGUGGAUGAAGAAACCUCGGUGUGGGGUUCCUGAUCACCCUCAACAGAGGAGAAAUAAGCGUUAUGCUCUCACUGGUCAAAAAUGGAGGGACAAAAAAAUCACAUACAGCAUACACAACUUCACCCCUAAGGUAGGUGAGAAAGACACGCAGAGGGCAAUCCGCCAGGCCUUUGAUGUGUGGCAGACGGUAACCCCACUGACCUUCCAGGAAGUGGCCUACUCUGAAAUCAAGAAAGAGGGCAAAGAGGCAGACAUCAUGAUCUUCUUUGCCUCAGGGUUUCAUGGUGAUAGUUCUCCAUUUGAUGGAGAGGGAGGUUUUUUAGCCCAUGCCUACUUUCCUGGCCCUGGAAUAGGAGGGGAUACACACUUUGACUCUGAUGAACCUUGGACAUUAGGCAAUGCUAACCGUGAUGGUAAUGACCUUUUCCUGGUGGCAGUACACGAGUUAGGCCAUGCAUUGGGUCUGGAACAUUCCAAUGACCCAAGUGCAAUCAUGGCCCCUUUCUACCAAUACAUGGAGACACAAAACUUCAAACUACCACUGGAUGACCUUCAAGGCAUACAGAAAAUAUAUGGUGUCCCAGUUGUGAUGUUGGAGCCAACUCGGUCUCUCCCAACCCUCCCACCACGGUGGACUUACUCUCCUUCUGAGAGGAAAAAUGACCGCCAGGCCCGUCCUCCUCGACCUCCAUCCAGAGACAGGCCAUAUUCUCCUGGCUAUGGAAAACCCAACAUCUGUGAUGGCAAUUUUAACACAGUGGCAUUUUUCAGGAGGGAGAUGUUCGUUUUCAAAGAUCACUGGUUCUGGCGUUUACGCAAUAACAAGGUUCAAGAGGGUUACCCCAUGCUCAUUGACCAGUUUUGGAAAGGUCUCCCACCCUGCAUUGAUGCUGCUUAUGAGAGAUCAGAUGGCAAAUUUGUGUUCUUUAAAGGAGACAAGUACUGGGUAUUUAAGGAAGUGAUAGCAGAGCCAGGUUAUCCACACAGCCUAGUGGAGCUGGGCAACUGUUUGCCCCGUGAGGGCAUUGACACUGCACUGCGCUGGGAGCCUGUGGGCAAAACCUACUUUUUCAAAGGUGACCAGUACUGGCGCUACAAUGAGGAAAAGCAUGUAGCUGACCCGGGCUAUCCCAAACCCAUCACUGUGUGGAAGGGCAUUCCCGAAGCACCUCAAGGAGCCUUUCUCAGCCGUGAAGGAUUUCACACUUACUUCUACAAAGGAAAGGAAUACUGGAAGUUUGACAACCAGAAGCUAACAGUGGAACCUGGUUACCCAAAGUCCAUCCUUAAGGAUUGGAUGGGUUGCGACCAAACAGAAGUGGAGAACAAGGACAGACAACUCCCCCGUGAUGAUGUCGACAUCAUGGUUGCCAUAAAUGAUGUGCCAAGCACUGUAAACGCGAUUGCUGUGGUAAUCCCAUGCAUUCUGUCUCUGUGCAUCUUGGUCCUUGUUUACACCAUCUUCCAGUUUAAGAACAAAAGUGUCCCUCAACCUGUAACCUACUACAAACAGCCAGUGCAGGAAUGGGUAUGACAGAUUAGGGGACACUGCAAAUUUAAACAGUAAAAAUGCUAGCGAGGGCUAACAUGACAAUAUUCAGA